AUGUAUGUCUUUGUUUUCAUUUAUCUCCGUAAACAGCGUCAAAACUCUGCCCGUCGAGUGGAAAGUGGAACUCAACCACGAAACGGUUAUCUAGGUAACGAAGUUUCAUCUCUUUCAGUGGAGCCCUUAGAGUUGGCUGCUAUGUUGACUGCCAUUGUAAGUCUCGUGCUGUUUAGCGUGGGACUUCUCAGUUUCUGCUGCUGGAAGUUUCCCUCCAUUAGAACCCGAACUUACUGGGACAAACAGACAAAGAAAAUACUCAGAUCAAUGUAUAACAAAAUUCAGAAGGAAAAAGAGAAACCAAGUGACACAAGGACGCUAGUGAUGCCUGCAAUGCGCAGGCGUCAGUCGGAACAAACAACUUUUGUGGUGCCACGUAUAUAUGUGGAUUAUGGAAGUCGUAGAACUUCUUAUGCUUCAGAUUAUUUUCGGAGAUCGUCAGGUGAAAGUGGAAGUAGCAGAAGGACUUCUUGUGCUUCUUCCCUAGCAUCUAUGGACGAUAGAAGAGGUUCCGGAAGUAGUAUAAGUAGCAGAAGAACCUCUGCAGCUUCCGAUGUCGAUCGGAGAGGAUCGGGGAGUAGCAUAUGUAGCAGAAGAACGUCCCUGUUAUCUUCCGAGUGUCCGUCCCGAAGAGGAUCCGGAAGUAGUAAAAGCAGCAGAAAGAGUUCAGAUGCCAGUAGAAUUGGUGAUAUUACAGACGACAUCCUUGCGGAUUUUUCAGAUUGUGAGAUCUUAGAGGAAGAAUACAGAUCUGUUCUGCAGACGCAGGAACCCCGAGAACCCCGAAGGUCUAGCCUGGAAGAAAAUAUCGGCAAAACAGUGACACCAGCUGAAAAGAAAAUGUUGUAUAGAAGGAGUCACUCCUUGGCGGAGAUUCGGCCCACGCACGUGUUCCUACCUGAAGGACGAGGUCGUACGGACGGCAGACGGAUAACCUUGUCCUCCCUGGCACUAGACCACAAUAUGGCCACCGUCGGCCACCAUUAUCAACGAAAGAAGCCAAAAUUCAAUAGACCGAGUGGGAUUGGGCUGCCAGACAAACCUGUGGUCAUGCACGACUUAAACUUGGAGGAAAUGGUUGUUCCUCGAUUGGCGGCACCACUGCAGCCCACGGGAAAACUUAAGAUCCAGUUUCAGUAUUCAGAAGACAGAACUUCCUUAACAGUAAUCAUCAUUGAGGCCAAAAGACUUAGAAUAGAAGGUAUACCAGACGAUACAGAGUUGAAUCCGUAUGUGAAAGCAUUCCUUGUACCAGGAAAAUCUUUCAAAUAUAGAACAAAAACAAUUCCAAAAACAAAGAAUCCUGCUUUUUUAGAGAAGUUCAUAAUAAAUGACGUACUGCCAAGCGAUAUUAACGAUGAAACCGUUCUUGAAUUCCAAGUCUAUUCCUCACAUCACGUGACCAGACGUCACUUAGUGGGCGUGGCAUCAAUAUCUUUAAGGGCAAUAGAAACUUUAGAAAAUGGUCUAGUGGACCUCACUAUCAUGCCACAAACUGUUUGCAGGCUACAUCAAGGUGAUAUAAGGAUAUCAGGCUGUUAUCAACCAGUUGCUGGUAAAAUGGUUUUCAACAUUUUGGAAGCAAGGAACAUCCCACGUGUUUCAAUACUUGGUGCUGUCAAUCCGUAUGUAAAGAUUGAAAUGUACGUUAAUGGAGUGAGAGAAGCAAAGGGCACCACGAAGACCCGUCAGAAUACUCAGGACCCCAUGUGGAACCACCAGGCAGUGUUUGAAAUUAACAGAGAGAACCCUAAACUUCUGGGUCAUGUUUUCUUGUGUCGUGUUUUCCACAAGGACAUGAUGAUGGGGGUCCAGGAAAUAGGACAGGUAGAAUUUGGUUGGCACAGCCAUGGGGAACAAUUGGACCAUUGGUAUGACAUAAUGGAACACCCGCAUCGUCCCACGGAUUACUGGCACCAAAUUAUUAAAACCAGUAAACUACAAACAUAACACACACGAACGAGUAAAAUAAAAAUAUCAGCCAAAAGUAUAAAACCAACAGGAAGCACAAACAGAAUUUAAAAACUCUGGAAACCAGAGGGCAUUAUGUUACUACUCUGUGAACAGUGUGUUUAUCUCGUGAAUGAAUAUCAGAAUCCUCACCUAUGUUUGUUAAAUAAAAUGGAUGAAAGUAAUUAACCGUCUAUCUUCAAUUAUAUUUCUUUUUACAUUUGGAGGUGCUAUUUUCGUUUCAUCCCUUUUACUUUAUUAACAAAUGUCAUCUGAAAUUGAAAUUAGCGGAGAAAUUACAGAGUCAAGGCAGUGUAAUAAACUGUUCACCUUUACAGGUUUUUGUAACAGAGGAAGAAGGGGCUGUAAUUCAGCCUCUUCCUUACAUGGUAAUCUUAGACAGACAUGACCAAAUUCUGCGUUUUGUUUGUAUUAUUCUGACAGAUUAUGAAUGUUAAGUCUUUUCUCAGUGUUUGCUGCAUUUUUCUGAUUCUUUUGUGUGUAAGUUUUAUAUUGACACGAAGGAAAUCAUUUAAUAUCAGAAAAUGAACUAGUUUUUCACAUUUCAUAAAUAAGUAUUGUUGAUAUUUUUUUAUCUUGUUUACAAUGAACUGAGAUUCAUACAUUUUUACUUAAAGAAAUUCGAUUUUUAUGAUACCAGUUUUGCAAAGAAGAUUUGAAGGUAAUUUGCUGAACAACACAGAAAGGAACAUACGGCCGGUAAAUUUAUAUAGAUGUCAAUAUACACAUUUUUUAUGUUUCUCUGAAUCUAAAAAUGUACUAGUCAGGAUACCUCACUGUUUUAAUAUCAUGAGUAAUACUGAUUGAAAUAUUAUAUCACAGCUGUAAGUAAUACUGUGUGAAAUAUUAUAACAUAACUAGAGGUAAUUCUGAUUGAAAUAUUAUAUAAUAAUUUUAAGAAAUGCUUAAAUGUUAUGUCAAAACUCUACGGUAUACAUUUACUUUAUAUUGAUUGAAAGAUUCUUGCUUUAAAAUACAAAAGCCAAACACUAUUGAUUGUAAUAUUUCUGAUUACAGACAGGUAAUUUUGUGUAAAAAUGAUCUCAGUGGUGGGGCAACAUUAAAGGGACAGUUAUGAGUGUAUUUCAUAGCGUUAAGAUGAAUAGAAUGUGAUCUGUGUGAUGUUUUGUUAUUUCACGUAUCUUUAAGCCCUUAUUUCUUCUUUAGGAGUUUUGAAGAGUGAUAAACUUAUCUUCACGAAAGAAUCUUUUAUAUGAAAGGAUAUAUUUUGUGAUUAAUAUAAGUAUUUGUUAAUAUCUAAGUGUAUUCAUUAAAAAUCAAUUAAGCAGUCAUCUCUAUCAUACCCAUUUUAGUAAAACAGAUAGAUACUGUUGUUAAUUCAAUAUGUGAUAUCUAUCAUAUUUUUAUUCUGUAACUGUUGUUAAUUGUGGAAUCUUGU